UGGAGAAGGGAAAGGUUACCUACUCCAGUGUUGUGGCCUGGAGAAUUCUGUGGACUAUAAGAGUUAGACACCACUGAGUGACUUUCAGUUUCACGUUACCAGUCACCCUCCAUUUCCCUUCAGAACCCUCAGUCCUCGGCAGUCGACCACCUAUUUACUUUCUAUCUCUAAUUUGCCUCUUCUGGACAUUUCUUGUAAAGAGAACCACACAGCAGGCGGUCCUCUGUGACUGACUUCUUUCUCUUAGCAUAAUGUUUUCAAGGUUUGUCAUGUACUUCAUCACGUAUUUCAUUCCUUUUAUCCUCAAAUAAUAUUCCAUUUUAGGAAUAUGCCAUACUUUGUUUAUCCACCAUCAGAUGACAGGUGUUUGGGCUGAUUCUCAUUUUUGGCUAUUACGAGUAAUGCUGCUAAUGGCUACAAAUUUCUGUGGGGAAAUAUAUUUUCAUUUCUCCUGGGAAUACACCUGGAUGCGGAAUUUCUGGGUCACAUGGUAACUUUACAUCUAAGCUUUUGAGGAACUGUCAGACGUGGUUCAAAGCAGCUUGACCAUUUUACAGAGGCAUUUCAUAAAAGCUCCCCAUGGUGGGUCUAGCUGCGAUUAUAAUCUGCUGCCCUGUGGGUUGUAAUUCUCACCCUGCCUCAUUUGGUGGUGGUGGUUGUAGUUUUUGUAAUCUUUGACCGCACCCUGCGGCCAUGCGGGAGCUUAGAUCCCCAACCAGGGAUCAAACCCACUCCUCCUUCAUCUUAAGCACUGGAUUCCUGGGGAAGUCCACUUGGCCUCAUUUGAAAGUAAAACAACUGAAGAACAGAGAUCAGCUUUUACACAAAGGAGAGAAUUUUUUAGAGCAGAGCAUCCACCCCUUGCAAGGUGUUCUUUCCAACCUUCUCCAUUCCUCAGCUCUCACUAGUAGUCCAAGGUUAACUGAGCUCUGGCUCCAGGACUGGUCAGUCUAAUGCUGGAGGAAGUGUCCACCUAGGAUCUGGCUUGGCUGCAAAGAGUUAAGUUGAUCUGGAAACCUGAUCUGCAGUUGAAGUGGAACAGAGCCCCAGAUGUGUAAUCCCCGCUUCUAAGGAUGCGACAUCUCUUCUUGUAAGCGUCAUCGCUUUCUUGGUGCUAUCUGGUAAAAACUGAGUCAUGAGGUGCCGACAAAAAAUCCCUUGCAUUCAAUGUGAAAUUUGAGGCAUCUGCUCAUUCCUGAGAUAUUCACAGCUGUCAGCCCUGCUGUCUUGAUGGUAAACAACUUGCUGGGAAUGAACUCCUGCCACUGUGACUUUUCCCUGGCUUGUCUGAGAGAGGCAUGGAUCCAGAUGGUGUGCCCUGGAGAGUGCGAGGCCAUGGCACGGGGUACGAGAGUGACAACCACGCCACGCCCAUCCUCUGUGGCGCCCAGUACCGGAUACACACCCACGGCGUCUUCAGGGGCAUUCAGGAUGUGCGGCGUGUGCCUGGAGUGGCCCCGACUCUUGUCCGGUCGGCAUCUGAGACCAGUGAGAAGCGCCCCUUCAUGUGUGCUUACCCAGGCUGCAAUAAGAGAUAUUUUAAGCUGUCCCACUUGCAGAUGCACAGCCGGAAGCACACUGGUGAGAAACCAUACCAGUGUGACUUCAAGGACUGUGAACGAAGGUUUUCUCGUUCAGACCAGCUCAAAAGACACCAAAGGAGACACACAGGUGUGAAACCAUUCCAGUGUAAAACUUGUCAGCGAAAGUUCUCCCGUUCCGACCACCUGAAGACCCACACCAGGACUCAUACAGGUAAAACAAGUGAGAAGCCCUUCAGCUGUCGGUGGCCCAGUUGUCAGAAAAAGUUUGCCCGGUCAGACGAAUUGGUCCGCCAUCACAACAUGCACCAGAGAAACAUGAGCAAGCUGCAGCUGGCGCUCUGAGGGGUCCCCACCGGCCGCCGUUCCGCGUCCCAGGCAGGACCGAGCGCGCGCUCCUCUCAAAGCUGACUUUCAGAUUCCUCCUCACUCGCCUGUCGGAGAAGGAAACGGCGGUUGAUCUUUCUUCAUCCAGCGUCUGAGACAAGAUGCCUGUACUACUGGAUUCUACCAGGUUUGCCCAAAGGAGUUGGUCUCUGCUUAGCCAACUUUGAGUUGACUCCUAAGGCCCUGGAGAAGUGGCUCUCAGUGUCCGGUUAGUUAAAAGCCCGUCACCAUUUGGUCUGGAUUUUCCACCAUAAGCAGAGCCACUGUUGGUGAUGUUCCCCCGCCCCUUCUCACUUUACGCUCAUUUUCACGAGGAAUGGAGUCAUUGUACCAUUUUCCAUCAUAGAAUAUUUAUGGGCCUGGGCAUGUGGAUGUGUCUGCUAAUGUAAACUUUGUCAUGGUUUCCAUUUACUAACAGCAACAGCGAGAAAUAAAUCAGAGAGCAAGGCACUGGGGGUGAGUCCUGUCCGACAUUCCGGAGGUUAGGCAGGCUGCUAACCUGGACCAGGCAACUUUUAAAACUCAAGCAUUUCAAGCAGCUGAAAAAAAAAAAAAAAAGAAUCAGAACUAACCAGUACCUCUGCAGAGAUAUCUAAAAGAAUCUUAGCAUUCAGUUGAUUCAUUGUUAACGUUAGCACAAUGCUCUUAAGAAAUCGUGCUUGAGGAUCUGAGAUUUUGUUUUUGUGUUUCUGUUUGACUUUUGAGUUGUAAUCAUAUACAUCUUCAAAGAUGUACAUAUCUCCUCACACAAAGGAAGUGGAAUUCAUUUUUAUCAUUUGGGGUGUCCUUAGAGUAUACAGACCAUGCUGGUUAUGUGGCUUCAAGUUGUAAAAAUUAAAAUGACUCUAAAAGAACAUAAGGGCUGGUCCAGAAUUUCCACUGAUAAGACUGUUCUUAAGUAACUUAAAUAACUUUGGGUCUCCAAGUAUAUGUGAAAAAAAAAAUGAGACUUAAUGGUGUGAGGAAAUCCAUUGUUUAAAGGUGGUUGGGUGUAUGUGUGUGUGUUUUGUUUUUAUUUUUUAAGGGAGGGAGUUUAUUAUUUACUGUUGCUUGAAAUUAUUGUGUAAAUAUAUAUAUCUGAUAAUGAUUUGCUCUUUGACAGCUAAAGUUAGGAUAUGUAUAAAUGUUAGAUGUAUCACUGUUUUGGUGUUGAUCUUCCAACAUAUUGAUGAUAACACUAAAAAUGUAACCUGCAUUUUUCACUUUGCUCUCAAUUAAAGUCUAUUCAAAAGGAAA